ACUCCUCCAACCCAGAAUCAAAUCUAUCCAUGGCUUCCUCACCUCUCGCCAAUUUCCUCUCCUUCUUCGCACCCUCCAAACCACCACCGCCUAAAACACCACUCCCCCACCUUUCUCUCUCCUCCGAUUCUCUCCCCUCUCUGUCUUCUUCUUCUUCUUCGUCGAGAAACAGAGAUGUGUUGGUUCCUAUAGUUCCCUCCAGUGAUCUCACUUCCGUGAUGUGCCCUUCUCUGGCCUAUGCCAACACGCUCUUCUUCAGAUCGGGUUACAACGUUCAGGUCAUCGUCGACGAUAACGAGCCCGAAGAGAAGCUUCUCAAUCGGUUUCGAAGAGAGGUCAUGAGGGCUGGCGUCAUCCAAGAAUGUAAGCGAAGGAGGUUCUUUGAGAACAAGCAGGACGAGAAGAAGCGCAAGACCCGUGAGGCCGCCAAGCGAAAUCGUCGAAGACGCACCCAGUUUAGAGGUACGCCACAAGAAAAGCAGGAAGCCACCAAGAGCAAGACGUUAGAAGAGGUCGAAGAUAACUGGGAACUUCCUGAAGGAGACCUUCCCUAAGCCCUAUUGAUGUUCAGUUCUUUUCUUUCUUUUACUUGUGAGAGGCUUUCAGUUCAUGUAAGUUUCCAGGAGAAUGGCAUUCUUUAACCUCUUGUAUGUUGUUGUUGGGGGGCUAAAUCUAAUGGUAAAGUCGUCAUUUUCCAUCAUCCUCUUCAGAAAUCAGUACGCCACUAUUAUGUGAUUUGGAUUAAUCAGUGCCCGUUUGGAAA